AUGAUACACCACCAAUUCAUACCGGUGUCACCACUGCCUCUUCAUCUAGUCGCCGUUCUUCCAAGGGACAUGUUCGAUAACCAAGUGAAGCUUAAUAUCAUCUCGUGGAAUGCCUGUGGUAUUACAAACUGGGCAAAACUUUCUGCACUUAAGGGAAUUGUACAUAGUCACCACCCAGAUGUUAUUCUAAUUCAGGAAACUUUUGUUGGUAAUGCUCAGCCAAGGGAAGAAGCUCCCUCGCUCACUGGCUAUGUGUCCUAUGUCCAUUUAGUAAGACAUGGCCUCAUCACCUAUAUAUGCACUUCAAUUCAGCAUAGACUUCUCCCAAACCCUGAGGAUGAAGAUACAAAAUUUCAAUUAUUUGAGAUUACUGUUGGUGGAGGCACCAUACGACUGUGCAAUGUAUAUGCAGCACAAAGUAGGAUAAAUACAGCCAAGCUUCCAGCCCCAACCCUUCGUGGUAUGGUUUACAUGGGAGAUUUUAAUGCCCGUCAUCCAGACUUGGGAGAUCUUGUUGACACUGUGAACCGCAACGGGAACCUACUUCUAGGAUACAUUCGUCGAAAUCAACUGACCCGUUGGGACACUGGUGGAUCUACACAUGCACGAGGUGGUACUUUGGAUCACAUCUUGACCUGUGGACUCGUACCUUCCCUAGUCAAUUGUGUAACAUUUCCUACGCUCUUCUCUGAUCACAUUGGUCUCAGCAUCCAAUAUUCCCUUCCCGCUACACAUACUCCAAUACACAAUUGCACUUGCAUCACAAUUCCGCCUAAGUACCAGCCUACGUACAUUUCAUAUAUGACUAACCUUCGACCCACAUUUGACCUCCACUGUCCGGAGAAACUUUACUCCUUACUCGUUAGUACCACACAUGCUUUCCACACACAAUAUAUCAGAAAGCCUCACAUCAGGCAUCGUGUUGGUGCUAUGACACUGGAUAAUCGAAUUUCUCAGGCAGAAAAGAAGGCAAUGGAUGAUGGCCUUGCCUUUAUGAGACAACCAAGUCCUGAGACACUGCACCAGUAUCAACUAUUGAGAGAUUAUCUAGUUGCUUUACAGCAAUGUGUACAAACAGAUUCCUGGCACAAAUUAACAGACAGCAUCAACCAUCAAACAAGCAUCGGUUCCAUGUGGCACCUCAUCAACAGGAUUGUGAAGAAGAAACCCCCAACAAGUGUCCUCCACCACAGCCCUGCUCAGUAUGCACAGGACCUUAUUGAUGAGUGGUCAGCACAGUCACGAACCAUCAACUUCCAGCUCAUAUACGAGACUCUCUCUUCACAAAAAAACCAUCGUGCCUUAUGUCUCAGUUCCGCCUUACUAAGCAGUGAUGAAGAGGACGAUGUACCCAUAACUAAGGGAGAGCUACGAUGUGCCUUAGCAAGGAGUAAGAAGUCAGCUCCUGGUGAUGAUGGCAUCACCUAUGCAGUCCUUUGCACACUCAUAAAAAUACCUGGCAACCCUCUCCUCUGCCUCUGCCUGGGAUAUGUGCCCCUAGCAUGGACUCAUAGUACAAUUGUACCCGUUCCCAAGCCUGGCACUGACAAAUUUCGUCCUAUCUCCCUCACCUCCUGUUUCUGCAAAGUAUUUGAACGUAUUCUCCUCUCACGCCUUAUGUUCCGGCUGCAAGAUAAGCUUUCGUCUAGAAUAUACGGCUUCCUACCCCAACGAGGAACACAUCAUUGUCUCAUGGAGCUCUACACUCGUCUCUCCCCAACCAGUGUUGUAGCCUUCAUUGAUUUGAAAAGUGCAUUUGAUGUUGCAAAUAGAGACAUUAUUUUAGACCAGCUUAUUGAUUUUUGA